CAAGAAAAGAGAAAAAAAAAAACCCCCCGAAAAACCCUUGAGAUGUUGUGGCACCGGCCGGGGGCAGCGUACUUCUGUGCCUUAAAACCCUACUUUCUUUGUAACUAUUUCACUUUCGCCACUACCAAAUGCACCAAUAAAUCUUCUUCGAUUACAGUCAUGGCGACGAAAACCAUAGGCGAAUCGGAUGUUGGGAUAGUCAGUUACAUUUCUGCGCUCCCUGGCUUUCGCGGCAUUCUUAAGCAAAGGUAUUCUGACUUCAUUGUGAAUGAAGUUGAUAGAGAUGGAAAUGUUGUUCAUUUGACGUCAUUGGAUGCUCCUCCAGAGAUUGUUGAUGAGAGCAGACCAACGACAGUCCAGAAUACAAGUGACAGUUAUGCUUCUGAAAUUGAAUUGUUUAGAUCUCUUGCUGGUGACUCUGAUGCGGAGAUUUUAGAAGCUUUUCUCAAGCAAAUCAAUUCUGGUGCCGAUGACAGUAUUGCACCUAUUAUUUUUUCCCCAGAUACGGAUAAAACCCACCGGACGGCUAUCCACAAUUUCUUUAAGAAAUUUAAGUUCCUUGUCACCGAUACUAUUGAUGGACCAGAUUCUUCAUCAAAAUGUGUUCGGGUGAGGGUAGAUUCAGGAGUGCAGAAUAACCGAGGUCGAUCCUCAAAUAAACGGAAAGAAAGAGGCGAUAAGCCCUUUGACAGUAGAGGUUCAGACAACUGGCCUGAACAUGUUGGCAAGUUUCUCAAGUUUCAUCUUUACAAGGAGAACAAGGACACGCAAGAGGCAUUGGGACUUAUAGGAAAGAUGCUUGGCAUCCAGACAAGGUCUUUUGGUUUUUCUGGCACAAAGGAUAAGCGCUCCAUCUCAACUCAAAGGGUUACUGUAUUUAAACAACACGCAAGUAGAUUAGCUGCUCUUAAUGAUCGGUUGAUUGGUAUCAAGUUGGGUAACUUUAGCUAUAUCCAGGAAGGGCUUCUUCUUGGGCAGCUUCUAGGUAACAGGUUUACCAUUACCUUGCGAGGAGUUGUAGCAGAUAGUGAAGACGCCAUCAAAGCAUCUGCUGAAGCUCUAGGAAGGCAUGGCUUUAUUAAUUACUUUGGCUUACAGCGUUUCGGAAGUGGUUCUGUACCAACUCACCUUGUUGGAGCUUCACUUCUUAGAGGAGAGUGGAAGGGUGCUGUCAGUAUGAUUCUUGAUCCAAGAGAAGGGGAAACUAAUGUAAUUGCAAAGGCAAGAGACUACUACAAAGAAAGUAAUGAUAUUGACGGGACGCUGAAGCAAUUACCACGAUAUUUAGUUGCUGAAAGGGCAAUUCUUCAAUGUUUGAAGAAAUGUCCUGGGAACUAUUUGCAGGCACUUAAAGCUAUACCUAGAACUUUGAGAAUGAUGCUGUAACUGCCGAGGAUAUCCUCAGUGGAAUUUUCACAAUUGAUGAUGUUAUUCUUCCCUUGCCUGGGUCAAGAGUAAUCUAUCCCACAAAUGAUAUUGCUAAAGUUUAUCAUGAUUUGGCGACUAAGGAUUCAAUUAGCUUGACGGAGACUGUUCAUAAUGUUAAGGAAUUCUCGAUAACCAGUAUGACUGGAAGCUACCGGAGAGUUUUUCAGAGGCCAAUGGACUAUGAGUGGGAAUUGAUCUCAUAUCUUGAUCGUAAUUUGCCUCUGGCACAGAGUGAUUUAGAUAACCUUGUGACGUCUCAACGUGUCGAAAUCGCAAAGGAAGAAGAAAAUGUGACGGAUAAAUCCAAGGAUGAAUCAAAUUGCGCAGAAGCAGAAGAAUCAGAGUGCUGUAAAAAGAAUAUCGCAGACGAGAAUGAGAAUGGAGAAGGUAGUGAGGAUCCUCAGAUGGCUCUCAAGUUGAGCUUUACUCUCUCUGCAUCGUCUUAUGCUACGAUGGCAAUUAGAGAAUUGCUGAAGACAUCAACUUCUGUUGCUUUCCACAAAUCUUUAAACGAGUGAUCACAUGGAGACUGAUGGAAUCCGGUGCAGUUCAAUUGGAACCCGAAGAGGGCCGAUCUGGGGCUCAGGAGCAGUUUGAGGAAGCAACACAGAAAUAUUUAUACUUUGUCAAUCUGCAGUUUCGGUUUCGGUUUUGGUGUCAGUUUCGACUUGUUCUUGUUUGAGGUAGUGCUGUAUCUAAGACUAGUUAAUUUUCUACGUUCACUUGUAUGAAAGUUCCAGAAAUGAGAUUUUAUUUCUGCAUGCUAACAUUAAUUAAAUGUGGUAAGGAUUUGAAUUAGAAUGAGCAUACAUUGAAGAUGAUACUCUAGUUUUUUUAGACCUUGGUAGUGUAAUCAAAUUUAGGCAAUUUUCAAGGUUC